UUGGCUGAAAGACUAAACCUAUUCGUCGAAGAUAUAAAAGAAGGAGAAAAAUACAAAUUUGCAUAGAAAGUAAGAAAGAGAAUAGAGAAAAAGUAUGUAGAAAAAAAUCCGAUACCAUCUUAUUUGGGAAUAUAAUAGGUUAGCCGCAACUAGGGGAAUUUCAUUUGCGUCAGUAAUAAUGCCGAUUGGCAAGUUAGGAGAACGAGAGAAGAGGCGUUGAUUUAAGGCAAAGUAUAUUUUGAAAACCGUAAAAGUGCACACGCUCGCGUAUCGAUCCCGUUCGCUCCAGAGCUGGACGAUACGUCUGGUUCCGAUUACAUUGCACACAUACAUUUAUGCAAUCUGUGUAACUCAACGAACUGGUAGACGGAGGAUGACGUUGGUUAUGUCGAGUGAAAACAAAUAAACCACUAAUGUAAGCGGAACGACUCUGUUGGAAUUCUUCUGGGAAAGCUAUUCGCUCGCACUACCGACAGAAAGAUCAAUAUAAAUGUAGGAUGGUAAUAGUGGCAGUGGCAGGUGUAACAUUCCCUGCAUAGAACUUCCGAACAAUGUCUGAGGAUUCUAAGAUGGGCCUAUUUGGCUCAAAAGACAGAAAUCAAGAGCAGAAAGAAAAAUCUUCCAAAGAUAAUUCACCGAUGCAUUAUGCUCCAUAUUGCAUUGACAGCGACACAGAGACAUAUGAUACCGAGGCAUUGAGCGUCAUGGAUAUCAAUGAUAUUAUCGGUGUACAAUCUGGUGAACAGGUCGGUGAUUCCACUUUAGAAAGCGAGAUUGCAGCACUUUCGCAAAUCAUUACAGAUUCCAAGGUAGAAUCGUCUCAACACUCAACGGAUCUUAAGCAGGAGAUGCAACAAAGUUCAUCCAAUAUACUUAGCUCUACCUCUGAUAUCAUUUGUCCAGCAAAUGAUGACAAUAUUAUAAGUAUUGUUGAUACUAACGAAUUGAACGCUAUGACUAAGGAACAUACUGUGGCCAGCAUUCUGGAAACUCAAGAAGACACGAUCAUUCACACUCAUGAAAAUGAAGUACACAAAGAUUCGUCAUUGGUUGUCGCAGUUAACAGUAUUUCCAAAAGUGUGAAAUUGGAUUCUAUUAAAUAUAGCAAAGCUUCUGAUGUAGGUGCUAAAGAUAUAAUUGAUGAUGCAUCUGUAACUUGUACGUCGUCUUCCACUGAUAAGCCAUGUAUUGAGACUGAUUUAUCGAAUGCUGUGUUAGCUGAUACUGUUCAAGAAGUUGUCCAAAGCAAGCAACAAACAAAUGCGACUUCUUCCAUGGAUUGUGAGGAAGAUACAGUUGAGAAGGUGGAAAGCAAAUCUGUCAGUGAUGCAACUGAAAGCCAGGACAAAGUGUUGAAGUCCAAAAGUGAUGUAAAGCCUGUAGUGACAGUUGGUAGUAUUAGCAAAAGUUUACAAUUGAUAGGAGAGGCAUAUUUAUCGGAGGAUUCUGAAGAGACCAGCAUGCAUGACAGUGACUCACCAAAAAAUACUUUGUUGCUUUCUAUUGGCAAAGAAACUCCAUCAUUUAAUAUCACUAUGAUAGGUCACGAUGAGGACAGUUCCACUGUAACUAAAGUAAUUGAUACGUCGAAACAAAAUGUAGAAAAAUCUAAGUCAAAUGACAGUACUAAUAUGCCUGUUCCAGAUAAAUCUGAAAUAAAAAUAGAAGAAUCUAAUAUAGAAAUAAAAGAUGUCAUUAACAAGGAAACGGAAGAUCUGAGUGCAAAAGUUGGAGAUCCGGAAGAUUCUAGUCAAGAUAAAACAUUACAACAAGAUAACUCGGUGUUAAAUGAAACAGCAGAGAGUCUCGAUAACAAAAAAUCAAAUAACACUCAUGAACAAACGGAAGAUAGCACAGAAGUAGGUAGAAGCAUGACCGAAGAAACAUCAUCGGAAUGUCAAUCGUCCAGCGAAGCUUGUGCAGAAACGGAGGAUGCAUCUGUAAAAGUAUCUACUGCGUUGCCUAAAGAAGCACCACAAAAUAUGGGAGAAAAUCAAGAGAAAUCGAAAGUUGAAAAUAUCAAAUCGGAGUCAAAUAUGUCGGCGCUUAUCUCUGAAACAGAGAAGCAAGAUAGUCCUAUGGCUCCUGAUGGAAAUGAAUCGUCAGACACUAAGGAGAAAAAUGAAAAUUGUUCUGUUAUUGAUAAUAAUGCGGAAGACCUUGUGGAGGAUAUAUUUAAAAACGGGAAUAAGAAUGUCCUUUCAGAACUCGCAAAUAAUACUCUGAAUUCUAUACCAACUGAGAUAUCCGAUGAGAAAUCAUGUAUGUCAGAAUCGUUAUGUAAGAGUAGUUUGUCGCAGGAAUUCGACACUGCCGUUGAAAAUUCUCAGAUAACGCAGGAGGCUGUUUCAAUAGAAACAGCACAGAUAGAUCUCGAGCCAGCUGCUGUGAUCGGUGAUAAUCAGGAUAAUGUAAACUCAAACGUCGAUGCGAAUGAAACGUUAACGCUAAUGAACAGUACAUCUAAGGUUGCAUCAAGCACAACCAAGGACGAAUUAGACGUAGAGCAAAGCACAGUAUCAUUGAUUCAUGAAAAUAUCGAAGAAACAGAGACUAAAGCCACGGAUAAUGUGCAAUCCGUAAGUAGUCAUUCGCUGAAUAAACAAGAUUGUAUUACGACUUUACAGUCCACAAAUUCGUUAACACAAAAUGACGCAAAUGAAACCGAUAUCAAUAUUUCUAAGGAUACAUUAAUUAACGUGGAAGAAAAUCAUACUGAACCGUUAGUCCCGGACGAGCCUGAAGAAUCCGUCGAACAACUUCCACCCGCAUCAGAAAAGUCCGAAGUCUGUGAAAUUAACGAUGAAAUUAUCUCCGAUAAACCUGAAGAACCACCCGGAGAUCUCACUCCAGUGUCUGACAAGACGAGCAAUGCAAUCGAAAAUCUAGAGGUGCCGUUACUUGCAGUUGAGAAAAUAGUUGAGAAGGCAGCUGAGAAGAUGGAGGAUUUGGAGGUGAAACCGGAAACAACGUUCUCGAUCGUGCGCGAAGAUGAAACAUCGUCCGCGGAAAAGACAUCUACAGAAGAAAUACCUCUCCCACAGCAAAUGCUCGACCAACCAGAAUUACACGCGCAAAAUGAAGAAAUUGAUAUCGGUUCUGUUGCGCAAACGAAAAGUAAAUCACCCGAGCAAAGUGUUGUUUCCCCCAAAGUGUUAUCGGAGAAUGAUACAAAUCUGUCAUUGACUGAUAAUUCGCAAGUUAUGGAAGAUGAUGUAACGAGUUCUUUGCGUAGCACAUUGCAGGAAGAAAACAAAACCGAGGGAAAUGUUGCCGUUAAGAUUACGCCGAACGAAGAGGAAGCCGAAAAAGGGGAGAUCUUAGUGUCAAGCUCAACCGAAGAAAAAAUGAAAGAUAAAGAACCUAUCAAGGAGAGGGAAGAAGAAGCUCUCGACAUAAAUCAAAUUGUGGAAUCAAAAACUCCAGUGUCUGAUAUCCAAAUCAUAAGCACUUCAGAUGAAAACUUACAGGACAACGAAGAGAUGCGUGAUGAAGGUACGACAAUACUCGAGAAGGACUCGACAAUCGAUGUCGAUGUAACGUCAACAAUCGAGGAGAAGAAUAUCGAAGUUAAAAAGUCUGUCGACUUGAAGAACGUGCAAUCGAGCGACAUUAGCCCUCCGACAUUACAAAAAAGUUCAGAGAGAACAGUCGAGACACAUUGUGAAGAUACUGACACGAAAAGUGAUCUCAAGGACGUUGAAAGCAAUUCGGAGAACACGAACGGUGCCGUAGAAAUGUUGCCUAAGAUGCAAUCUUCGAAAGACGCAACAAAUCCGUUGACAAGCAUGCUGAGCGAUGACACCGAGAUGACCGACGCGAAGUGUAUAAUGGAAAUCGAAGAAACGGCGGAAGAAGCUGAAGCGAACGCGUUGCCAGUUGCCGCGGAUUUGCCAUUGGAAGCAAAUAUCGAAAAGUUAGCCGAGAAACUGUCUCAAGAGUCGGUAUGUAUAGACGAUACGAUUGCUACGCAAAAUAUCGACUCUCUGGAGAGACUUUUAGACCUGGACCUCAUGCCUGACAGCGAGAAUCCAUCGUCGAAGAACGCGAAAACCAAGGAAAAGACUCCGGAAGAAACAGCAAGUAAGGUAGACGAUAUGGAUCUCUUAUUGGAUCAGGCGAAUCAGAGCGAGGCAAGCCUGACGCAAAAUUCAGACUAUAUAGCGAACGUGAUCAGCAGUUGCUUGACGAACAGAGACGGCGAAGAAGCAAGCGAGGCUGUGGCUGAGCAGCCGAUCAACGAUGAGAUUCUCGGGAACGAGGCUACUGAAUCGUCGAAAAUGAACGAAGAUGUGAGCACGGAGCCGGCGAGUGAGAACGUGGACGACGAGAAGAUGGAGGAAGAUCCUCUCAGGACGGAAGAAGAUCCUUUCAAGACGGAGGAAGAUUCUUUCAGGAUGGAGGAAGAUCCUCUCAGAAUAGAGGAGGAGGAUCCUCUCAGGACGGAGGAGGAUCCCCUCAGGACAGAAGAGGAUCCUCUCAGGACGGAAGAUGAUCCUCUCAAGACGGAGGAUAAUUCGGAGCGGAACGAUUUGGACGCGGAGUUCGGAGACAACCGGCUGGAGUCGGUGGGCGACUUGGAGGAGGCCGAGGGCAAGCUGGAAUUGCCGCAGGACAUGCUGCUGGAUGGUGUGGUGUCGCAGGAGAAUCUCGCCGACAUGCCGACCGUUAUCGAGAACUCGCAGUCGAGCUCGGAGAUCUCCGAACUGGAAUCCGCGGUGAAGUUUCUGCAAGAGUCCGAGGAGCAAACAAUAGACUCGCCGUUGGUGCUCUCACCGAAAAUGGUGGAGAGCGUCGUCGAGGAUAUUGCUAAGCAAGCGAACGCAGAGCUCUAUGCGAUGCCCGACGAGGCGGAUAAUUACGUGCAGGCCGAGUCCGAGUUGGCGUCGCGCAUCUCCAUCUCUAUCUCCGAAGCCGAAAUCAUAUCAGAGGCCGCGAAGCUGGAGAACGAGCGGAAGUUUGCAGCGCAGAUGAAAAACAUUGCCAGUGGAAGCGACGUGUCGACGGAGAAGGACGUCGAGAAGGCGGAGUUGGUAGAGAGCGAAAAAGUCGAGCCGGACAAGCAGAAGACGGAGAAUCGAACGUAUUCCAAGUCUUCCGGCGACCUUGCUCCUGCCACGGCUGAUUCUCCGACAAGCGUGCCAACGACGAAGAAUUCGCACGAGAGGAAAAAGGACAUGCCCGACGUCAGGUCGAUGUCGGACGAGUGUAUCCUGAAGGCGUGCGACCUCAUCCCGCGAGUCUCCAUAUUGGAAGAGCGGCUGAAGGAGCCUCCUAAGAUUGAAAUACCCGUGUCAGACUCGACCAAGGUGUUGGAGUCCAACAGCAUCAGUCCCAACGAUAAUCUGCUCAUACCGAAGGACUCCAGAGCCAUGAUGUAUUCGAAGAUGCUGGAGUCGCCCAAGUCGGACAGGACUGUUGAGCCGAAGAGCGUGGAGACGCCGCGCAAAGACCCCGAGAAGCACGACUUCGAGAACGUGGGUUCGCCGCGGAUAAUCCUGAAAAUUGCCAAAUCCGCAAUCGCGGACUGCGGCGAACCUAGGUCGCCGAAGAGCCCGAAAAUCCGGUCGGCCGCGAACUCGCCGAAUCCGGAGGACAGCCCGGGCCAGAAACUGGGUAAGAUCAAACUGAAGCUGUCGAAGGGCGGCCAUCCUUCCAUCAUAUCGAACGAAAACUUUGAAGAGGCCGUCACCGGCCAAUGGCACACCGACAGCGCAUCGUCCUUGUCUCCCAUCGGUAUGAAGAUCAAGCUGUCGAAGACCGGCGACGCUUCCAUUGUGGGCGCGACGUCGGAGAAGCACGAGAGUGGCGGUCUGGACGACUCGAAGGAACCGAGCAAGUACAAGUUCGAGGAACCGAAGAGGACGGACUCGCCGAUCGGCAUGAAGAUCAAGUUGUCCAAGUCCGGCGACUCAGCGUCGAUCGUGCAACAGGAUACCAAAGAGGUCCUCGGCAAGCAUAAAGACAAGCUGGAGAUACCGCAGGACAGCCCGAAGAGAACGGAGUCGCCGAUCGGCAUGAAGAUCAAGCUCUCCAAAACCGGCGACGCUUCCAUCAUCCAGAGCGACUGGCAGGAAAACACGGAGGAGCACAAGGAGGCCGCACUGAAACGCACCGACUCUCCGAUCGGCAUGAAAAUCAAACUGUCGAAGACCGGCGACGCCUCCAUCGUCUCCCCGUCGGAUCCUGUCGCGGACGACGCGAAGACGAAGGAGAAGCAGCAGGACUAUACUGCCGAGCUGAGGACGGAGUCUCCGAUCGGUAUGAAAAUCAAACUGACCAAGGGCAAAGGAGGCGCGGCCUCCAUCAUCUCCGUGGACAACGUCGAGGACACGAGGGAGAAACUGGAGGUGCCUGAACCGCCCAAACGUACGGAAUCGCCGCUCGGUAUGAAGAUCAAGUUGUCCAAGAGCGGCGAUGCGUCCAUCAUACACUCCGAGGUGUCGGACGACCUGAAGGAGGCCAGGCACAGAGAGAAGGCCGAGGCCGCCGUGCAAGACAAACCGGCGGAGCCUACCGGAAUCAAGAUCAAGGUGACCAAGUCGGGCGAGACGUCGACGUCGAUCCUGUUGCCGGACGUCCUCGAGGAACAGGACGCGUGCUCCUCUUCCUCUUCCUCCGUUGGUGUGAAAAUCAAAAUGUCCAAGUCGGGAGACGCGUCGGUGGUGACGUGCACUGGCAAGAUGGAGCAAGCUGAGGACUCUAGACUGCGGGAAGCUGCAGCGGAGGCGCCUAAGAGGACGGAAUCUCCGCUCGGCAUGAAGAUUAAACUGUCCAAGACCGGCGACGCGUCCAUCGUGCCGAACGAGGCCGUCGCCGCGGCCGGUGAGGACGGUCAUCAGACUAAGACGACGCGCACGUCCGACGCGGAACACCCAGUCAAGGGCGAUUCAAGCCUUGGCAUGAAGAUCAAGCUUUUCAAGACGGGCGACGCCUCGGUGGUGACCGAGCCCGCCGAGGCGGGCAGGAAGGACAAGCAACAGAGACGCAACAAGGACACCACUGAGUCGCCCUUGGAGAUGAAGAUCAAAUUGUCCAAGACUGGUCAUCCCACCAUUGUGACGUGCGACAGUCACGAGACUCAAGGAUCCUCCGCGCACAACAAGGUCGGCAAGGAGUCGCCGGCUGUCGGCUCACCGGACUCUGCGCUUGCGUCUUUCUCUCAGAGAUACGCGGAUCACCAUGUCGCUCAUGUGGCACACACCAAGGACUCUCCUUCCCCGUUGAAGAUUCUCAAGGCCAGCGGCGGCGCCGGCCACCCGUCCAUCCUACAGAGCGCUCGGUCUGAGCUCACCAUCGAGCCGGUGACGCCGAUGCAGAUACAGAGCAGAAAGGCGGCGGAGAGCGCGCUCGAGAUGUCAGCCAAGCGCAAGGACAUCACGAUCUCGCCGGUCGAUAACAAGAAGUCGAAGCUGGAGGCGCAGCUGUCGCAAAUGCUGCCGGAGGUCACUAUUCAGCCGGUGAUGUGCCGGGAUCAGCAGAAGCAGCAGCAGCAGCAACAACAGCAGCAGCAGCAGCUGCUGUUCGACCCGAAGACCAGUCUGAUCAGCCGGCAGCAGAUGAACGUGAUCAGUCAAGAGAUCAGUAUCACGCAGGUGCGGCCGACGAAAGCGCCGUCGGAAGCCGCCUCUAUGAGCGACAAGCUUAAGGAUCUUCUGACUAAGAACACGAUCAGCUCGCCGGGCGGAUCGGACUGCGAGAUUAUCGAGCAUCGUCCUGAGCUGAUAAUCGUUAACGAGAAUUCCAACUCUAGCCAGGACGUCGUGAUCAUUGAAGAGGUGACUCCCAGCAGAAUGACCGAUAUCAAGGUGCCAAAGAAGAGGGGCAGGCCUCGAAGAAACCCGUUGGCGCAGGCGGCCGCGCAGAUGCUGAUACCCAGGGACCCCUUGUCUCUGGACGAGAUGCAGCCAGUUCCGCAAGUCGAGCAGCGGGAGAAUGAGAGGCCCAAGAGAACGUGCAGGAACCAAAAAAGUUACGCCCCGCCUAAGAGAGGCAGAGGACGAGGUCGCGGUAAACGGAAAUUGGACAAUGUGGAUAUUUCGGCCGGCAAGAAGUCUCGAAUAGAUCAGGACCUGUCCGCUAUAGAGGCAUCGACGAUGGCCGUCAUCACCAUUGACGAGACACCGACACCAGAGGAUCCGCUCCGGAAAUCGGAACUAUACAAGGCAUUGAAACAGCCUAUAUCAGAUAUCAAAGGCAUGAAUUCUGCCUCUGGUAAGGGGAAGAGGGAGUCCAAAGUCGCGGAAGCCUCCACGAUCGCGCUACAAUUGGAGUCUACCAGAUCGUCGUGCGACGUCAUGCAGGACUCGCCAAAACCGUCCACUAGUCGAGCGGCCAUGGGUUCGGCGAUGGCAUUGGACUCGAAAGACGGUGAACAACAAAAGAGACCGGUCAUGGAGAUCGUUUCUGAGAAAAUACAGAAGACGACAGCGAAGCAGCAAGCUGAGAAUAAAGGUAGGAUCUCGUCGGAUGUGCCGAGAACAUCCGAGAUCAAAGAAAUACCUACACCACCCGGACCCUCGAACUGGUUGACGCCAACGUCGAAGAAGCAAGUGGAUGCGGGCCUCAGGAGCGGCGAAACGGUAUCGACGGUGCAAGUGAUCGACGAGGAGACGAGGAUGAGCGCCGAGUCCGGCUCCAGGUCGCAGACACCAGCUAGGAAUAUACCAGCGCCUGUCUCAGAGACAACGAUAAAUGAAGAAUCUCAAGGUAGUGUCCUGAGUACAGCUACGACGGAAUCCGAAAAGGUCAAAGUCAAGAAUCGAAGGAUGGAAAUCAACUUCGAUCCUGACGAGGGACCUUUUACUGUUGAUAAAAUAGCGGAGUACGAAUGGCCAUUGGAGAGGAAAGGUGAAACCUUCAUGAUACAGGAGCAGAUAUCUCAGUAUCUCGGCGUGAAAUCUUUUAAGCGUAAAUAUCCUGACCUCAAGCGCAGAAUGGUCGAUAUGGAGGAGAGAAAUUAUCUGAGGGAAAAUAGACUAGUCAGCGAAGCGAUGUGUGACAUGGGACUAACUGCAGUGUGCAGUUCAGAAGUGCUGGACGUGAUGUGCAGUGACUUUCCGGAUCAGUACGAGGAAUAUCGUAAGCAUAUGCGUGAGAAACAGGUAAAGGAACAUUCCAAGAAGCAGAAGGAGCUGACAGCCGCGGCGAACGCGGAGAGGAACAGAAUAGAUCUCGCGGAAAUGGCGGUGCAAUCCGCGAUGACGUGGAACGCUAACCUGAACAAAGCCCGCAAGGAGAACCGCAAGUACUGCUUAGAUCUGCAGACUUUUACGAUUCACGUGCCAAAGAAGCCACAAAAAAUCGAUCCGGAACACAAAACAAGUCAUUAUCCGGUUGCCCUGAUACCGGGCCAGUAUACCGAUUAUUAUCGGGAAUAUACGUCGGCGGAACUGAGGUACUAUCCCCUCAACACCGUCCUGUACGGACCUACACGGCCUAACGAACGCAAACUCGACAGUCAGUCGGAAGGAUCUCAAAGCGACAGCGAUAGUGAAUCGUCUUCCGAUGACUCUAGUUCAUCAUCUAGUGAAGGCACACAAGAUACGGAAGGAUCUCAAUCGACCAUGGACGAUGUUGACAUGGAGAUAGUCACUCAAAAAGACGACGUAAAAUUGAAAUGCAAGAUGUGUCUUAAGAUUCUGAAUAAACACAAUAAAAAUGAAAUAUUAAUACAAUGUGGCACUUGCAAUGGAAACGUUCAUCCAUCUUGUAUAGAUUUAACUCUGGAUAUGGUUCCUCACAUUCAAUCGUACGCUUGGCAAUGCACCGAUUGUAAAACGUGCGCGCAAUGUCACGAUCCCGCGGAUGAGGAUAAAAUGCUCUUCUGUGAUAUGUGCGAUCGAGGGUACCAUAUUUAUUGUGUCGGCUUACGACGUGUACCACAAGGGAGGUGGCAUUGUCAAGAAUGCGCCGUGUGCGCAAACUGCGGCUCGAGAGAGCCCGGUGGUGCUAAUUCUGAUAGAAACAGCGUCGCGCAAUGGCAACACGAGUAUAAGAAGGGCGAGAAAAAUACCCGAGUAUAUGUCUCUACACUCUGCAUACCGUGUUCAAAGCUGUGGCGAAAGGGUCGUUAUUGCCCACACUGCAGCCGCUGUCAUACCGCCCAAAGGCUCGACCUGGAACCGAAUCUAGUGCAUUGCAGCGCAUGCGACAAGUAUCUGCACUUAGAUUGCGUGGAGACCAAGGGAACAGCGUUUGAUAAGAAAAAUUAUCUGUGUGACUUCUGUACACUGUCGAAUCGUCAGCAAGUGGCAAAACCUAUGUCACCGAAGAUACUCAAAACGUGAACGUAUCAUUACGUAAAAAUGGGGAGACCAAUGAGAGAUGUAUAAUAACGAUUAGAAAGAGCGAAAUGUAAUUAUAUUAUAUAUUAAGCAGUAUAUAUAGCUCAUUUUUAUCAGACGACUAUAUUUACAAUUGAGAAUGCACGUGAGAUUUUCUCCUCAAGUACUUCAUAUGAGUGCAUCAUGUUGUAUAUAGUUACAAUAUCAGUAAUUUAACUCAUGACACUAAAUUUUUACUAUGUGUACGUUCAAGUUAAAUAUAAUGAAUAAUCUCGUGAAACCAUUAUACAAAAUGGAAUACAUCAAUUGCAUCAAAAGUUAUGCACAUUCGACUUUUAAUUCUUUCGCAAAUUUGGAGUUAAUUUUUGUACUUCGAAGCUGAUGGAACAUACAAUUUUCUUCUCAAUGUUAAAUAUCAUGAACAUGAUGUUAAAUAUCAAAUGAAAAUUAAGCAUUUUUUAUUCAGAAUAUGUAGGUGAUUUGGAAAAUCUGUAGGGUAGUUUAUGUUUUAAGAAUCUACGAUCUUUAUCUUUCAUCUGAUAGUACUAACAGAACGAAAUUUCAUAAUCUAGUGACCUCAGAUACAACAUUUUAAGUUUACAAUUCUAACGGACGCUGAAAAUCCAAUUGCAAUUUUUUUUACAAUUCAUCUUACUAUUUAUACUCUGCGAAAUAUAUAAACAAAGUAUCAUCACUACAAAGACUGCAAAAUGUUUUUUUAAACUACCGAUUUUACUCGCGUUCUUUGCUUCGAAUUGCCAGUUCUGCUAUUUCCGGAAGGAGAUGUGUGUGUACAGUUUAGAGAAGGGAAACGAAUAAAGAACGAAACUAAGCGUCGUUUUUCUUAAAAAUAUA